AUGUUCGCACACUAUAUUCCUCCAGAGUUGGCUGAAUUGGUGCAAGCGGGCGUUUUUGUGCCGCUAGUUGGACCGAACGGUCGACCCAAUGGACGAAACCCACCGUACACUUUACCUUUAGCCCACCUACCUAUGAUGCAUAUGGCAGCUGCUCGUCAUGCGUCGUCAGCAUGUCCUGGAGAAGGGCCUCCACAGAUGCGGAAGAUGUUUAUUGGAGGCCUCAGUCACGAAACGAAUGAUGAUGCAUUGCGUACCUACUUCACGCAAUGGGGACCUGUAGUUGAUGCCAUCGUGAUUCGUGAUCCUACUACGAAACAAUCGCGUGGUUUUGGUUUUGUCACUUUUGCUACCAUAGCAAGCCUCGAAGCGGCUAUGAUGGAUCGACCCCAUGUUAUCGCUGGGAAAACGGUGGAUUCGAAACGUGCAAUUCCUCGUGAACAGAUGACACCAAUGUUCCCGCCACCGUUCUUCUCGUGUGAGCAAUCACCCGGUUGCAAACUUUUGUUAUCAGGGCUCAAUUGGGACUACCACAGUGUUGAUACUCUCCGUAUAUAUUUUGAGAAGUUUGGAUCUUUAGAUCAGGUGGAAAUUCUCGGAGAUCGCCGAGGUUUUGGAUUUGUUGUCUAUGAAGACAAGCAAAGCGCUGACAAAUGCUUGAACGAAAACAACGGCAGGCACAUAAUUGCAUCAAAGAGAGUGGACGUGAGGCCUUUCCCCAAACGACAAUCGACAUAUUGGCGUCGUAAUCCAGAUGCCCCUAGUAGUGGAACAACGAAUACAGCAGCACCACCUGCUCCACCAACGCUUUACGAUCAGCUUGCUGCAAUGAACUUGAACACUAGAGCCACGCAGUAUGACGAAGACAGUAGUUAUGGCGGCACAACUACUGAGGAUGAUUGCAAGUCGAGUGAACAUGGCAGCUCAUCAUCAGCUAUUGAUACCAAUUCGCCUAGCAAUACAUCGCAG